AUGUCGCCCACCUCCCGCAGCUGUCCAUUGUGGAACAGAUGUUCAGCGCCCAAUAUACUGAUUGAAUUUGGUAACCCCAGGCCAAGAUAUAUGACAGGUGAACGGAUUGACGGAAAAGUGACAAUUACUGUGGAUGCUGAAACCAAGUUCAGUGAGGUCAAUAUCAGCCUAGAAGGCUCAUCGCGGGUGAACUUGUUGCAACCCAUAACCACUCAGCGGGAAACCGGUGCCUCUCAUACAUUUCUAACCCUCGAUCAACCUAUUGACGAAGUAAACUACCCGGCUUCGCGUGUUUUCAGACCAGGAAAAGCCUACCAAUUUCCGUAUACAUUCGUUGUUCCAAAUCGGUUACCUUUGAAAUCGUGCAGCCAUAGAACAGCCGACACGAUUAUUACACAGGCACACACAGAAGUCCCUCCCACUCUGCAUCUGAGGAACUUGUCCCAAAACCUAUGCGAGAUUUGCUACCUCAUCCGUGUUACCGUGUGUGGACAAAUUACAAACAACAAUGAAAAGCGGGAGAUACUAGCUGAUUGUGCGAAACCCUUUCAUCUUGUUCCUGUCCAUGAGGGAGGGCUUUUCUUCAGCAGUCCUGAGAAGCCCAACAUGGAUAGGUCUAGUAUUGUGCGGGAAGUCAAAAGCCAAUGGAAAAGACAGGCGCUGGGUCAACUUAAAGCCGUGGCAUCUACAUUACAGCCAAUCCAGGUUCCCUCACCAGGUCUACCAACCAAUACAGUGGACAUCCAUGUCGCGUUGCAGCUUCGCUUCGAUCCUGUCAGAGACACCCCGCCCCCAAGACUUGCGAAAAUACACCCUACUCUCAAACAGUCGACUCUUUUCAGUACAAAGCCGCAGAAUGACUAUCCAUGUUUCAAUAAUAUGAUUGCUGACCAAAUGUCGCGAGGGGCACACGUUCAUAUCAGCUCCCUUCCUUCACAGACCAUCUCAUCCAUCAGGUGGGCCAAGCAUAUGUUACCGCAUUAUUCGGGUUCUUCCGGCUUGGACAAGUCUUCUCAAGCCAGCUCUAUUACGGAACCUGGACACUCUUCCACCUCCGGUGCUGGCUAUUAUUACACAGCAUCGGUUAUGAUCCCAGUCAGCCUACCCAGCAACAGCGAUCUUGCGCCCACAUUUCAUUCCUGCCUUAUCUCGCGUACCUACGCUCUCGAGCUCCGUCUUUCGUACCGCAUGCUUAAUGCACCCGUCUUGCAACAAAUGCCCACGUUAGAGGUACCUGUUAAGGUUAUUACAUGGGGGGUCCAAAAGUCUGACUACACUAGCGCGUUCCGCCGACGCGUAGACUUGGCUUGGUUCCCCGAAAAGCCCACCCCGAACCCGCCCGGAACCCAGCAAUUCCGGGUGAGAGUUUUAGAUUUGGUGCCUGAACCCAGCCCGAUGCCAACUCUAAUAGUACCUAGAUUCAGGGGCCAGGGUAUUUAA